AUGCCCCUCUUCGGCCACUCCGACUCGUCCGUAAAUGCCGAGGUUCGCGGCGUCGAGAAGCAAAUCCACAAGGAGGAGCGCUCCGACGAGAAGAGUCUCAGUCACGCCAUCGACGACCUCUCCCGUGCCGACAAGGCUCACGCGAAAAGCAUCAAGGCCGCUGAUAAAGCCCAGCACGCGCUCGACAAAGCCGUGGCCAACGAGCACAAGACGGCCAAGGCCCUCAACAAGGCCGCGCACACGCACGACACCGCCAUCGCGGACGAGCAGAGCGCAGAGAAGGCCGCUCAGAUCCAGAUGCAGCACAAGGCACGCCUCGAGCAGGACCUCGAGCAAAAACGCCAGCACCUCGAGGAGCUCCGCUCCCGCAAGGAGCAGAAUGACGCUGCUCGUGAUUCGAAGUUGAGCGAAUUGCACUCGCACGAUUCCGCGCCUGGCGAAGUUCGCAGCGGCCCGGAAGAUGCUCGCGCGACCGUCGUUGGUGAUCAGUGA